UAUUUUCAUUUCACUUCAUCUCUCUCUCUCUCUUUCCUUCGAAACCCUAACUCAAGUUUCUCAUCCAAGUUCGCUGCCGAUUCAAGAUGUUGGAACUGAGGCUAGUCCAGGGCAGUCUUCUGAAGAAGGUCAUGGAGGCGAUCAAAGACCUAGUAAACGAUGCUAAUUUCGACUGUUCAGCUACUGGCUUCUCUCUUCAAGCCAUGGACUCUAGCCAUGUUGCUCUCGUGGCUCUUCUCCUUCGAUCCGAAGGCUUCGAACACUACCGCUGUGACCGCAACAUAUCCAUGGGUAUGAAUCUCAAUAAUAUGGCUAAACUGUUGAAGUGUGCUGGUAACGACGAUAUCAUCACGAUGAAGGCUGAUGACGGCAGUGACACGGUUACCUUUAUGUUCGAAAGUCCAACUCAGGAUAAGAUAUCUGAUUUUGAGAUGAAGCUGAUGGAUAUUGACAGUGAGCAUCUCGGUAUACCUGAAGCGGAUUACCAUGCUAUUGUUCGUAUGCCAUCAGCAGAGUUUGGCCGAAUCUGCAAAGAUCUAAGCAGUAUUGGCGAUACAGUUGUUAUUUCUGUGACAAAGGAAGGUGUGAAAUUCUCUACUAGAGGCGACAUAGGAACUGCUAAUGUUGUUUGCAGGCAGAAUACUACAGUUGAUAAGCCGGAAGAUGCCACCAUUAUUGAGAUGAACGAGCCAGUUUCAUUGACAUUUGCACUGAGGUACUUGAACUCUUUCACUAAAGCAGCGCCGUUAUCGAACACUGUUACCAUAAGCCUGUCAUCAGAACUGCCUGUGGUUGUUGAAUACAAGAUUGCAGAGAUGGGGUAUAUCAGAUUCUACCUUGCUCCCAAGAUUGAAGAGGAUGAAGAGGCAGCAAACUAGGCUAAAAGAUGAUUUGGUUUUUUUCAUCUCCUUUCUUCAGGCUUUUGUAAUCAUUUAUUUAGGAACUGAAGAUGAACUAUCUUUGUUUUAUCUAUUUUCUUGUUGUAUUUGGUCCUGUUUAAGUGAGAUUCAAAUAUGAAUUUGACAGAAUUGUCAGCAACCAAGGCAACAAUCAUUUAUUUUGAACUUAUUUUUGUAAUCCCAA